AUAUAUAGUCUUGAUAAUAUUAUAAGAAAUGAAGGUGAUAAAAAAUGUUAGAAUUGGUUGUGUUUUGUUAGUAGUUAUUUGCAUGGUGAUGAGUCCAACUUCCCAAGCAGCCAUAACUUGUGGCACGGUCACAAGUUACAUCUUACCCUGCGUCACCUACGCAAGGAAUGGUGGCGCAAUCCCGCAGGCUUGCUGCAACGGAGUUAGAAACUUCAGUACCGCCGGCAAGACCACCGCCGACCGUCGUGCCGCCUGCGCUUGUCUCAAACAAUUCGCCGGAGCCGGAGCCUCAACUUUCAAAUAUGCAGCUGGAAUCCCUGCCAAAUGCGGUGUCAAUAUUCCCUACAAGAUCGACCCCAGUACCGACUGCACUAAGGUGGCUUAAGUCGAAGUGGAAGGACAGAUCUGGCGAGUCGGUUUAAUAAAUAUAUAUUUUGCUAAAGAAUAUAGCCCCGAUCGAUCGAGGUGAUCAUAAUCAUGCAUGUACUCUCAUUAAUUUAGACUAAGUAUGGUAAAUACUGAAUUGAAGCCUCAUUGAAGCUUAAUUUCAGACUUUACAUCUUAAUUAAUUAAAUAUCUAUUAUAUGUGUAUGCAAUUAUUUUCAAUAAAUAAU